UUAAAAGAGAAGCAAAUAAUGGUUCAGCAGUGAAUAAGGAUCUCUCGGCCGUGGCAAAUUGUUGCAUUAAAAUGUUCGUGAAAAUUGGUAUUAUUUGUUUCGUGUUGGCGAUUGUUGACAUAGAGGCAUUCGUCAAAAGAGAUGCUCCUACUACUCAGCCCAAUAUUUUCGAGUCUUUCCAAAAGAAUAUAGACGACGUCAAGAAAUGUUUAGACCAAGUUUUUGCGAAAUCGGCUGAUGAAGUCAAUACCAAGCAACUACAGCCACUGUUUAAUGUGAUUGGGGAUCAAGUGAAUAGAGUUUCUAAAGCUAUAGAAGAUUUGACAGCACCGAUAAGUACCAAGUCACCGUUAGAUAGUUAACUUUACAAUGAUGAAAAUGCUGUGACUAAACUUGAACUAAAUAUGUAUUCCAUUAAAUGUAAGGAGUUGUUUUUUUAAAUUUAAUGUAGUAAAAUCUAGGUACAUAUU